CGGUGACAUCAGCCGGGGGACCGGGAUGCUGAGCCCGGCUCGGGGAAGGCGGAUCCCGCUCCGCUUCCAUCUCCGCAUCCCGGCAGGGCAGCGGGGGGAGCGGGGCGCAUCCCCCCGCCCGUGCCCCCCGGCCGCCCACCCGCGCCCCCGCGGGAGCGGGGGGUCCCCGCGGGCAGGGAGCUCGGGGAUGCCGCGGUAGCGCCGCCGAUGCUCGCCCUGCUCCUGUCGCUGCACGCCCUGCGCCGGUCCCUGGCCAUGGCGAGCGCGGAGCGGCUGGCUGUGCCCGAGGGUGCGAGCCGGGCGGGCGGCUGGGCGGGCGGCGGGGUGUCCCCCGGGGUGGGCACCGAGGCACGGGAGGCGCUGGAGCGGGUCCUGCCCGUCCUCCGCCGGGCCAUCGCCCACGCCACGCAGGCGGCCACGGCCCAGGGGCUGCGGGCGGCUCUGUCCGAGGUGUUCCGGCUGGUGGAGGAGGCCUGGGGGAUGCCCGCCGUGGGGAGGGACGUGGCCAAGGUGCUGUGCGAUGUGAUCCGCCUCGAGGGGGGCCUGGACCUGCUGCUCAACCUGCUCUACACCGCCGAGCUGGAGACCAAGUGCCAGGCAGGAAAACUCCUGGAGCAGAUCCUGGUGGCGGAGAACAGGGACCGCAUCGCUCGGAUCGGCCUGGGCGUCAUCCUGAACCUAGCCAAGGAGCGGGACACCCCCCAGCUGGCCCGGAGCGUCUCUGGGAUCCUGGAGCACAUGUUCAAGCACACGGAGGAGACCUGCUUCCAGCUCAUCUCCGACGGGGGCCUGGACACCAUCCUGUACUGGUGCCGCUGGACGGACCCCGCCGUGCUGCGCCACUGCGCCAUGGCCUUGGCCAACUGCGCCAUGUACGGGGGCCAGGCCAACCAGCGCCUGAUGAUCGAGAAGAAGGCAGCAGAGUGGCUUUUCCCGCUGGCCUUCUCCAAAGACGACGAGCUGAUCCGGCUGCACGCCUGCCUGGCCAUCACGGUGCUGGCCACCAACAAGGAAAUCGAGAAGGAGGUGGAGCGCUCGGGGACGCUGGCUCUGGUGGAGCCCUUCAUCGCCUCGCUGGACCCCGAGCAGUUCGCCCGUGAGAUGCUGGGCAGCAGCGACAACAUCCAGGGCAGGACGGCGCAGGACCUGCAGCGCCUGGUGCCCCUGCUGGACAGCUCCCGGCUGGAGGCCCAGUGCAUCGCCGCCUUCUACCUGUGCACCGAGGCUGCCAUCAAAGCCAGGCAGAAGAAAACACAGAUUUUCAGUGAGAUCGGGGCUACGCAGAGCCUGAAGAGGAUUGUGUGCUACUCCACCAGCAGCACCACCUCCUCCCUGGCCAAAAAGGUGCUGCGCAUGAUAGGGGAGGAGGUUCCUCGGCGCAUCCUGCCCACGGUUCCCAACUGGAAAUCCUGCGAGGUGCAGACGUGGCUGCAGCAGAUCGGGUUCAACAAAUACUGCCAGAGAUUCCUGGAUCACCAGGUGGAUGGGGACAUUCUCCUGAGGCUGACAGAGCAGGAGCUGCAGAAGGAUUUGGGGAUGGACUCCAGCAUCACUCGGAAAAGGUUUUUCCGGGAGCUGACGGAGCUCAAGACCUUCGCCAACUACUCCACGUGUGACCGCAGCAACCUGGCCGACUGGCUGGGGGGCAUCGACCCCAAAUUCCGGCAGUACACCUACAACCUGCUCACCUGCGGCAUCGACCGCAACUUCCUGCACCGCGUGACGGAGCAGCAGCUGCAGGAGGACUGCCACAUCCACACCGGCUUCCACCGCGUGCGCAUCCUCACCGCGGCCAGGGAAACGCUGCACUCCCCCAUCACGCUGCAAACCACGUGCAACGGGACCGAUGUGUUCAUCAGCUACCGCAGGAGCACCGGCUCGCAGCUGGCCAGCCUGCUGAAGGUCCACCUGCAGCUCCACGGCUUCAGCGUGUUCAUCGACGUGGAGAAGCUGGAGGCAGGGAAGUUUGAGGAUAAGCUGAUCCAGAGCGUCCUGAGUGCCCGGAAUUUUGUGCUGGUCCUCUCACCAAACGCACUGGAUAAAUGCAUGGAGGACCCCGAGUGCAAGGACUGGGUACACAAGGAGAUUGUGACAGCCCUGAACUCUGGGAAGAACAUUGUACCUGUUACAGACCAUUUUGAGUGGCCAGACCCAGAAACGCUUCCCAAGGACAUGAGGGCUGUCCUGAAAUUCAAUGGUAUCAUGUGGUCCCACGAGUACCAGGAGGCCACGAUUGAUAAAAUCAUCCGCUUCCUGCAGGGCCGCUCCUCCCGGGACUCCUCGGCCGGCUCGGAGAACGGGCUGGACUGCCUGCACUCCCUGGGGCAGAGCUAGAACAGCACAGCAGCCUCAGAGACUCCCAGGUGACCCCUUUUUUUGUAGGAGUCCAAAUUUAUCCCUCCUGACUUUUUCCUAUCUUUGAGAGAAAACCUGUGGCUCUUACUCCCUCCUCUCCCUCCAAAUACAAGCCCCUGGCCCCAGCACUCACCCCCCCAGUGCCUGGGGAGCCAAGCCAGGCUGGACUCUGGGAUGGAUUAUGUGUCUUCUGUGUCCUGCUGUGGGGUGGCAGGACAUGCAAGGGGUGUGAGGGAGACUGGCACCAUCCAGACCCCCACAGGCAGCAGCAGCUUCCCCCAGAAACACGUCCACAGAGGGAGAAUCUUUGGAGGACUGAAAAUUGGAGAAGUGUUGAGAAUCCAUCGUAAGAGGACACAAGGGAGAGAAGAGCAAUUGAGAGGAAGGUGAGGCUGUGCCGUGUGCCCCAGGAAUAUCCUUGUGGUCAGAAACAGAGAGCAGGAAAGGGCAAAUAAAAAUUAAGCCCUAACAAAAUCUUUGUGUUUGGGAAAGAUAACCCAGAGAGGCCUUCCAAAGUGCUUUAUCUUUCCCAGCAAUGUCCCUUUAUCACAAGAGCACCUUCCCUCCUCAAAAGACUUCCACCUCCCAGUGCUGCAAAACCACUUUGUGCUCUUACCUCUGGCAGUGGAAAUUUGGGGUUAGACCACGUGAAGCUUCUGCAGGAUCCCUGCAAAAAGUGCUUUUAAAAUACCCUCCUUCCCUCCAUCUGAAGUCUCAGCUUCACCACUUUAUCAGGUCUGUAUUUCCAGGGCACUGGAGGCUGGAUUGUGACCCUGGAAAAAUUGAAAUACAUGCAGGGAAGAUGCUAAUCGCUGUACUUGUGGAGUUAUUCUACACUGUGGCUGUAUUUUAUCCUGCUCCUGUGGUCUGUGCCUUCAGCAGGAGCUGGUGAAUCUCUCUGCUGACCACCACACCCCCACAGCCCUGGCUGAGCUCCCUGGGGUUGUCCCUACUCACUGCUGGAUGCAGUUCCAAGUAGCACUCGCUUCUUCCUAUCAACCUCUUCUCAACACCCACCUGGGCUCCUUGCAGCUCCUUACCUUAAAACAUCAGAAAAAGUGGAGUUGAUGCCAAGGGCUGGCAAAGGAUGCUCCAGGACCAUCAGUGCCUGCUGCCAACACUGCAGGUGAGGAACCAUGGGCAUCCUGACCCAAAUCCCUGCAUUCCACACUCCAGGCUGCUGAAUCACCUUGCAGAAGCAACAGGCUCCUCUUCCUAUCCUUGCUCAAGAAGAACUCAACCUUUUCGGGAGGUAACAAGGAGUCUCAGCCACCUUGUCCUCCUCCUGGCUCUCCCUGGAGCCCUGCUUUAACUGUCAGGAACACAAACACUUUCUUCUUUUUGGCUUGGAUCCACUAACAUAUCAAGGCAAAAAAAAAAAAAAGUUAAUUCUGGUGCUUUAUGGAUAGUUCUUAUCAGCUCACAGUUAAUGGCAUCUUUGCUCUCCAGUGAAAGGUUAAUAGCCAUAUUUGCCCAGCAUUCAUCAGAAUUAGAAUCCAUCUAAUCUCCAGAAUAAAUAACAAGAAGGCAGCAGAUGAGCCCAAAGGUGAAUCUGCCCAAGGAUAAAAGCCUCUUGGGAGCUGCUUCAGGGAAAAGCCUUCAGUAACUGAAUGUCAAGGCCUCCAUGGCCACUGAAGGAGUCCUACACAAACAGUCCUAAGGAUUUUUCUCCCUGCAAUAAUCUGGUAAGAUGAUUGUGUCUUGUUUGCCAGGAGCUCUGUAGCAAUCAGCCUCCUCAAGUGUGGAGCUUUACUUGUUCUCCACAGCUCAGGUGUCUCACCUGACACGAGAUCCCAUCUCCUGCUCCAGCUGCCCGGACUGUGACUCCUCCUGUUUCCCCAUCAUUAUCUUCACCUUAAUGAACUUGCCCUGCUUCUGGCAAAGCAUCCCAUACCCAGCCCCUUCCAGCUGGAGCAGUCCCAAGGAAAUGAAUUCCUCUGUCCUCACCCUCCCUCAUUCCUUUGCUCUGCCACGUCAAAAGUGUUUGAUGUUAUUCAAUCAGGCAUUAUUAAUAAAUCUGGUUUUUACUCUAAA